AUGAGCGAUUCAGCUUACAGAGUCGAAACAACGUCGCGUCUCGCCCAAUGGAGAAUCGACAACUUGGCUUCCUGCACCUACCGCAAAUCCGAUCCUUUCAAGAUUGGCAAGUGGAAUUGGCACUUAUCUCUAGAGAAGAACAGGGUGUUGUAUGUUAAAUUGUAUCCAGAGAUAUCGAAUUUAACUAGAGAUAAUCCACCGAUUGCUUCUUUUAUUAUUCGAGUGGUCUGUUCUGUGGGUGAUCGCAAGACCUUAACUCAUCCAGAAAUUACAAACAAAAAGCUCAAGAGCAAUGAGGAUUUUGUUUGGGCAAUUGAGGUUCCCUUAACUGGAAAAUUCAUCAUAGACGUUGAAUUCCUUGAUUUGAAGACUGCCUCCGGAGACAGUGGAGAACCUUGCUCCAUCUGGGCUGAAGGAUUGACGCAAAAGCGAUCCAAUGCAACAGCUCUUGCGUCCCUUGGUCGAAUGUUAACAGAAGGCAUCCACACCGACAUCAUGAUUAACGUGUCUGAUGGAAGCAUUGGAGCUCAUCGGGCAAUUCUUGCUGCAAGAUCACCUGUUUUCCGUAGCAUGUUUUCGCAUGACCUCAAAGAGAAGGAACUGUCCACCAUAAACAUCUCUGAUAUGUCAAUUGAUGCUUGUCAGGCUUUUCUUAAUUACAUUUAUGGGAACAUCGGACAUGAAGAAUUCCUGACUAACAGGCUUGCCCUUCUCCAUGCUGCUGAUAAGUAUGACAUCUCUGACCUGAAAGAUGCAUGCCAUGAGAGUCUUUUGGAAGAUAUUGAUGCAAAGAAUGUACUUGAGAGGCUCCAAAAUGCAUCUCUAUAUCAAUUGCCACGACUGAAAACCAGCUGCAUGCGGUAUCUUGUGAAGUUUGGUAAGAUAUAUGACAUCCAAGACGAUUUCAAUGCCUUUUUGCUAAGUGCAGACAGGGACUUGAUAGCUGAAAUCUUCCAUGAAGUUCUUAAUGCCUGGAAAGGUUUCUGA